CGGUGGAUGAGAUGCGCUCCGAUACUUCCAUCUGGGCUGCAGCGCAGUGUCUCUCCACCGCAUGGUCAGCUGGGGGCGCCCCUCCACGCAGACCCCAGCGCGGGGCCGCCCUGCGCAGGCGCGGGCCGUUGGUGGGGCCGGAACCUGAUUGCGGGGCCGGAACCUGGUUGCGCGGCCUCGCGGCCGGGGGGAGCGCGUCGGAUAAUACGUGUCCAGUCCCCAGAUGGGGUGAAGCGGAUCACGGCAACAAAGAGAGAAACGGCUGCAACAUUUUUGAAAAAGGUCGCAAAGGAGUUUGGCUUCCAAAAUAAUGGCUUCUCAGUUUACAUCAAUAGAAACAAGACUGGAGAAAUAACAGCGUCAUCUAACAAAUCCCUCAACCUGCUGAAGAUCAAGCAUGGAGAUCUGUUGUUCCUGUUUCCCUCGAACCUUGCGGGACCGUCGUCUGAGAUGGAGACGUCGGCCCCUCAGGGGUUGAAGGCCUGUGGCGCUCCCAACGUGGUGGAAGAUGAGAUUGACCAGUACCUCAGCAGGCAGGAUGGGAAGAUCUACCGGAGCCGCGACCCACAGCUGUGCCGGCACGGGCCUCUGGGGAAGUGCGUGCACUGCGUUCCUCUCGAGCCGUUUGAUGAAGACUACCUAAACCACCUGGAGCCUCCCGUGAAGCACAUGUCCUUCCACGCCUACAUCCGGAAGCUGACUGGAGGGGCUGACAAGGGGAAAUUUGUUGCCCUGGAGAACAUCAGUUGCAAGAUUAAAUCAGGGUGUGAGGGACACCUUCCAUGGCCUAACGGCAUCUGUACUAAGUGCCAGCCAAGUGCCAUCACGCUGAACAGACAGAAAUACAGACAUGUGGACAACAUCAUGUUUGAGAAUCAUACAGUUGCUGACCGCUUCCUUGACUUCUGGAGGAAGACAGGGAACCAGCACUUCGGGUACUUGUAUGGACGGUACACGGAGCACAAAGACAUUCCUCUUGGUAUCAGGGCUGAAGUAGCUGCAAUUUAUGAGCCUCCUCAGAUUGGUACACAGAAUAGCUUGGAGCUUCUUGAAGACCCAAAGGCCGAGGUGGUUGAUGAAAUUGCUGCCAAACUUGGCCUGAGGAAGGUUGGCUGGAUAUUUACAGACCUUGUCUCAGAAGAUACUCGGAAGGGUACAGUUCGAUACAGUCGAAAUAAGGACACCUAUUUCCUGAGUUCAGAAGAAUGUAUCACUGCAGGAGACUUCCAAAAUAAGCAUCCCAACAUAUGUCGACUAUCUCCAGAUGGACAUUUUGGAUCCAAGUUUGUUACUGCAGUGGCUACAGGUGGCCCCGACAACCAGGUCCACUUUGAAGGGUACCAGGUGUCCAAUCAGUGCAUGGCCCUAGUCCGAGAUGAAUGCCUACUGCCCUGCAAGGAUGCCCCUGAGCUCGGCUAUGCCAAGGAGUCCAGCAGCGAGCAGUACGUGCCUGAUGUGUUUUAUAAGGACAUAGACAAGUUUGGCAACGAGAUCACCCAGCUGGCCCGCCCCCUGCCUGUGGAGUAUCUGAUCAUAGAUAUCACAACAACUUUCCCCAAGGAUCCAGUUUAUACUUUUUCUAUUUCACAAAAUCCAUUUCCUAUUGAAAACCGGGAUGUAUUGGGUGAGACACAGGAUUUCCACAGCCUGGCCACCUACCUGUCCCAGAACACCUCAUCUGUGUUCCUGGACACUAUAUCGGAUUUCCACCUCCUGCUGUUCCUGGUCACCAACGACGUCAUGCCUCUGCAGGACAGCAUCAGCUUGUUGCUGGAGGCCGUGAGGACCAGAAACGAGGAGCUUGCCCAGACCUGGAAGAAGUCUGAGCAAUGGGCCACCAUCGAGCAGCUCUGCAGCACGGUUGGUGUGCAGCUUCCAGGCCUCCAAGAGUACGGAGCCGUCGGUGGCUCCACACAUGCCGCCUCGUCCGCCAUGUGGGCCUGUCAGCACUGCACCUUCAUGAACCAGCCGGGCACCGGCCACUGCGAGAUGUGCAGCCUCCCCAGGACCUAGGGCUCCCGGGCCCUGCUGGCAGGACUGGACCCACCCCAGCCCUCUCGGAAGCCGAGAUUGUUGUGACCGUGCCCCACCUCAGCAGCCCUGAAGGCAAGGCAGGGGCGGCUGUCCUGGGGUCCCUGACCCAGGAAGCUUCUCAGCACCAGGCUUCCUUGAAGAGAGGGAGUCAGGCUGGUGCUCUGCGGGCUAAAACCAGUAUCCUGGUGGAGGCACGGUGUGGCCUUACCUGGCCGCCCACAGCAGCCCCCACUGUGGUAGAAGGACUAGGUGCCUCUGAAUCAUCACCUGGAAUCGGGGUGGGAGGGCUCGCUGCCACCAUCCAGCUUUCUUUUUUCCUUCCUUGGAUGCUUUUUGUUCCUGCUCCUGUUCCUGUUUUUGGUUGGGAGCUUUUGGUGACCUCUGUACCCUGUUGCUCUGGGGCAGACCCUGCCUGUGAGGGCCACCUCUUCCCCUUCUGGUAGCCAUCAUGCAGUGGAAAUGCGUGGCCACGGGCUCAUGGCCUCCUGUCCGCCUGGUCUGCAGGUGAAUCUGCUGCCCGCCCUUUCCUGCUCCCACCCAGCUUCCAUGGGGGGGUUUUAAAGUCUGCUUUGGUUGUAAUAACAGUUAAUCAGUAAUUCCUGCCCAGAAGACUUUUAUUUAUUUUUUUUUUAAGAUAAAAACUGCAUAAAAGGGGAGUGAGAGAGACUAGUUUCCACCUUCGUCCCUCCUUUAAUGAGUCCCUGGAGGUGUGUGCAGCCUGGGUGAGUGGACGGGGGACCCAUAGUCAGGUCUCCUCACACGUGAACCUCAGUGCCUGAGACUUUGCUGCCAGGCCACAUGGCUGGCACAGCUGCAGACCCAGGACCAAGCAGGAGCAUGGCAGUGUCCCCCACUGAGCAGGCAGCCCCUCGGGCAGCCAACACUUGACCAGGCCUGCAUCGGGUGAGCUGGGUGGCCCCAGGCAGGGCCGGAACCUCUGGUCCCUUUUGUCCCCACCAUUCCUUCUUGUCCUGCCUAGACCCUGGCCUCUGACAAGGCCACGUUACAAGCCAGGUCAGGGAGUAGGAACCCGGUUGUAGAGGGCUGUGGAGCUGCUGCUGGGUCGUCGGAAAGUGGGUACUGUGCUGAGGUGUGGGUCCAGGCCAUCCCAGGACAAAGGUUGUGGUCAGACCUUGCACGUGCUCUAGGGUCCCGCGUUUCUUCUACAGCUGGGUUCCAGUCUCGCCCUUCCCCAGGAGCUGUGGACAUCCUGAUGCCUCUUUGCCUUAAAAAAAAACCUGUAUCUCUGAGCUGCACUGCACUCAUCCCCGGGAGAGGUGGACCCAGACAGGCUGCUUGAGGACUUCGUGUCUCUGUCCUAGGGCAGGACGCAAAUCUAUGUGACCCUCCCUCGCUCUUGGCCUGUGAACAGAGCACACCUGGGUGUUGUGUUUACUUGUGGCAGGGGUGUGCCUGGCACCUCCGGGUUGACCUGGCAUAGGACACUCAAGUGGCCAGUGGGUUGGGCCUAUUCUAGGGGCACGAGGCACAGAGCCCCGUUUCCCCAGCUCAUCUGUGGCCGCCUGCCAGAAAGCUGGGCGUGUGUUCUGGCCCAGGUCGCCUGCUCCUUUGAUCAGAUGUAAGUCUGCAGGGGGAGCAGGAGUGCGCUAACCUCAGACCUCGCGGCCCCCACCAUUCCUCCUCCACUUGUUCUGGUCUUUACCUUCUCUUCGACCAAUAUCCUGCUCACCCUGAAGUUCUGGCAUCUGCAUAGUUCAUUUCCGUCUGUCUUUUAGCUAAAGAAAAAGUGUUGUGAUUUCUCUGCUUCUGGUUUUGAGUCACUCUUUGUUCAGUAAUGCACUUUAUUGUCCAAAGACAGUCAGGGGUCAGCAUAAGGAUCGGGGGCACCCUGCCAGCAGACUCAGGCCCAGGCAGCUUAGCCAUCUCCUUUUACACAAGGGAGGGGGCCCCCAGCCCCACCUUCAUCCUACCUGCCCUCAUGUGGACACACCCUUUCAUGCCACCAGGCACCAUAACUCAGCGAAGGGUGACUAGGUGCCCAGCCUCCAUUGACCAGUCUGCUCCCUGUGCUCCCACUUGGGUCUUGCAGGUAUGUGUCGGUUGGGUUUGCAGUAGCGUUGCCUGGACUCCAGCCCUGCAAGUGAACCAAUAAAAGCACCUGAAGCGAC